AUGCGUAAAUGUAAAAUCUUUGUUGGUUCUUCACAUCCUGAACUUGGCCAAUUAGUUUGUGAUAGAUUAGGUGUUGAACCAGCACCAUGUACUUUGAAAAAGUUUUCCAAUGGGGAAACCUCAGUUCAAAUUGGUGUUUCCGUUAGAGAUGAAGAUGUGUAUAUCAUUCAAAGUGGUUCUCCUCACAUUAAUGAUCAUAUUAUGGAAUUAUUGAUUUUGAUUUCUGCAUGUCGUGGUGGUUCAGCCAACAAGAUUACUGCUGUUAUCCCCCAAUUUCCUUAUUCCAAACAAUCCAAGAUGAAGAAACAUAGAGGUGCUAUUACUGCUAGAAUGUUGGCCAACUUGUUGGUUAUGGCAGGUGCUGACCAUAUCGUUUCUAUGGAUUUACAUGCUUCCCAAAUGCAAGGUUUCUUUAGCAAACCAGUUGAUAACUUAUUUGGUGCCCCAACUUUGGCCCGUUGGAUUCGUCAUCAUAUCCCAGAUUGGGAAAACGCUGUUGUUGUUUCUAAGAACCCUGGUGGUACUAAACGUGUGACUGCUUUGGCCGAUUCCUUGAAGAUCAACUUUGCUAUGAUUCACACCGAUAGAAGAAGAACUCAAGAUGAAUAUGCCAAGAAGAAAGAAUUGAAGCACGCUCAACUUAUUGAAGAAGGUCAAGAUAAUAUUGUUUCUGAGUUGCAAACUGCUAGAGUUAUCAAAGGUCACGUUGUUGAUGAUGACUAUCAACCAAACGGUGCUGCUACAAGUGAACACGCCAAAGAAGAAACCCGUUUGGAUAGCGAUGUCUUGGGUGGAACAUAUGAUGCCACCAAUUCUGAUGAUGAAGAUGAGCCAACUGCUUUAAGUGAAGAGAAGUUGAUCACAUUAGUUGGUGACGUCAAGGGGAAGGUUGCUAUUAUUUUGGACGAUAUGAUUGACAAGCCAAACUCAUUUAUUGCUGCUGCUGAACAUUUGAGAUUAAACUGUGGGGCCAAAGCAGUUUAUGUUGUUGGUACCCAUGGUGUGUUCAAUGAUCACUGUUUGCAAGAUUUGACUGACUCUAAAUGUAUUGACAAGAUUGUUGUCACCAACACUUACCCAAUUCCAAAAGAACAAAUUGAAAACCACAAGGAUAAAUUGGUUGUGAUAGAUGUGUCACCUAUUUUUGCUGAAUGUAUAAGAAGAGAUCAUUUUGGUGAAAGUAUCCUGGUUCUUUUUGAUAGUUUAUCCAGUUUGGAAUAG